AUGGAAACUUCAGAGUUCCGUGAGGGCCCGUCCCGCAUUGGGUGGCGCCGUAUGGCACGUGCUGGUCAUUGGAGGUUUGCUGGUUGCGUCUUACUGUCCCUUGAGGGUAUCUCCGCCCGAAAGAAUGGUGCCCCGAGUAUCUGGAAAGUUUCCGAUUCCGGGGAGAAGAGGCUGGUAGAACGGCAAGAUGCAUUCACGCAAGCCGAGGCGCCCUCUGCGAGUGAACGAUCCAGACCUCAGGUUCUCGUCCUGCAGAUCGUGAGGAUGCGCUUGUCGGCUGCAACGUCGGGCGUUGGUCUAGCCCCCGAUCCCCGAAGCUUGGAGUUGCCUUUACUCGAGUAA